AUGCCUUCCCUCUCCGCCGGCAUCGCAGCCCACAACACUGCCUUCCUCUCCACAUCGCAACAGAACCGUCUUUCGCCCUACCUUCCUAACGGCGAGCCGCGUCCAGGCAACGAGGAGGUAUCAGAGAAGGCGGCGGCAUACCGCAAGGCUAGGCUUGAGCAAUUCGAUCGGGAGGUGGCCGAGGCGAAGGAGAGGAGAGAGCGGGAGAAGGAGGAGAAGGAGAUGAAAAAGAGCCAUCACAAGAAGGAGCAAGAAGGGGACGAUGCUAGUGAGAAGGAGAAGGCUGGAUUCAGGCAGAGCCUGAAGGAUAAGAUUGCUGGAUGGAGAGAGUAA